UAAAUUGGCUGAGAUGGAUACAGAUAUAGAACUAUUAGAAAAACAAUUAGUUUCCGAGGAGGCCCUUACCAGACAGAAACAGGUUCUUGCCAUUCGUUUACAAAGAGCAAUACGGGAGAAUAAACUUCACGAAGUUAAAGACUUUAUUAAACAGGAAGCUGACGUUGAUUACAAAGAUAAGACAGGAAGUGCGGCCAUCCAUUACGCGUCACAAGGCGGGAAUCUUGAAAUUGUGAAUAUUUUAAUCGACGCUGAAGCCAAUGUCAACACUUUUGAUAGGAACUAUCACACGCCAUUGCAUAAGGCUGCCAUGAGGGGACAUCUUCAUGUUGCGAUUGCUUUAGUCGCUGCUGGUGCUCAAGUGUGUGCACUUGACUGGGAAAAUUAUUCUUCAUUUGAGAAAUCAAUACUGAACAAACAUUAUGAGAUCAGCAAAGUCUUAAUGCUUUUCGGAGCAGAACCAUUUCUAAAAGACUGGGAUUGGAUUGAGGACGACUUAUCUAAAACUCAAAUCGACGUUCUGCACGCAAUAGAAAAAAGUAUUAGUUUAUUGACUGGUUAUCAACAUGGGUAUGUUUUACUACAACAGAUUUUAUACAAUGUUGCAAAGAUUAAACCGGAAUCAGAACACAGAAUUGAACAUCUAGGUGUGACUAUUGAUUCCACGAAAGAAAAAUCAGAGUUUUUCUUCUUCUGUCGCAAACUUGCUUUGAAUUACACGGACAUCAAGCUCUUCCUCUUGGAGAACGAGGUUGUCAAAGGUGAUGUUUUUGAGCUACAGACGUGGAAAAGAGUAUCCCGUAAGACUUUACGAUUAAUCAUUGACAUUGAUGGAAUAACGAGACCUAAUGAACAUCUUAAACUAAUAUCUCCAGAUGGCGAUGUAGGGAAAAUACACAACUACGAUAAACUGCAAGAAGAAAAUAUAACAAGGAUAACCAUAGAUAUACACACAGCACCCAAAGGCACAGUAAGUUUUGCAGUAACUAGCAUUGAAAAAGAAGAGACCUUUGCCAUAUCAAGGGAGUCGCAAGAUAUUUAUCCGAUAUCUGAACCAGAAGCAGAAAUUCAUUUACCAAAAGAUGCUUUUGAAAAUGUCGCCGAACUAAAAGUAAAGGUAAUGGAAUCAAGUGAAGCCAACAAUGACGAAGCCGAAUCGACUGGUCCUUUAAUCUUAACGAACGUGAUUGACUUGACCAUUAGUGACAAGCAGCAGCCUAAAAAAGAAAUAGCAGUAAAACUUCCCAUACACCACAGUCAGGGGGAUGAAGAAAUGUGUGUACUGGCUACGUCACAGGACGAACCCGAUGACGCAGAUGAUUGGGAGGUAUUAGAUGCAAUGACAGAUCCAUCGAGUAAAACAACCACGUUUAAAAUUAACCAUUUCUCAGUAUAUGCUGGUGCCAGUAAGAAAAAUGUAUCAAACAACAAGCAAGCAGUUGUUGAUGCUGUCCAGAGAUCCCGGAAACGAGAACGCAAAGUAGUCAUGCGCGCCUUUAUUAGACCGGAAAUGGAAAGUGGGACAUUUUCACUUGUGUUGGAGUGUCUAAAACCCAGAAACCUCUGGAAACGUAAACCGAGAUGGGAACUUGAUGGAUAUCAGCUUAUGCAAUCUAACCUGGGACCAUUUAUUGUUCCUGAAAACCAAAUGUUCAGAAUUGGAUUUAGCCAAAAUAUUGAGAUUAUUGAUGUUGAGAAUAUAAUGAAGAAAGGGGAAGAACAAUUAAAGGAAAAAUCAGAAGAAAAGAAUGAUGAUGAAUACAAUCUCAACAUUAAAAUUCCCCAUGCAACCUUAAAUUUUGUUGGAAGUAAAAACAAAGGACAUAAUUUUACCGUGAUUAAAAUCAAAAGUGAUGAAAAUCAAGAAAUAAGUGGAAAAGUGAAAGUAGAAAAGGAAGUACAAUCCAGAGAAUCAGUAAAGCAAGAAGUUGCAGAUGUGGGUUGUGGCUUAUUUAAAGUCAUCCCGAAAAAGCACCAGGUUAAAAUGAUAGAAAAAACUAAAACUACCUACGAGACGUUAGUAGAUUUUCCAAUUUCAUUACAAUUGUCAUCAAAUGAACAAAUUUCUAAAGGUAUUUAUAAUACUUUUACUUUCAUAUUCGAUCUAAAAAUUUAG